AUGUUGAACAUCCACUUUCCAGAUGCUCUAUGCAACAUCACCAAGAUGGUCAUGUGCCAGGUCACUACAAACAGUCGAACCACAGAGCAGCCUCCAGAUCAGAGCAACCCAUGUGCACUUGCGUACACGUCGAAAGAAAGCCUGAAACACCACUUGCUUGCACAGUGUCACAAUGAGUCUGAAAUGUGUCCAGCUACUCCAUCGGAUGCUCAGAUGGGAGAGGAGGGUUUUGAGUUUGGUCAGAGAGGGAGCUUUCAGCAGCACAAGCGGACACAUACGUGCGAGAAGCCAUACAAGUGCCAUUCCUGCCCGGCGGAAUUCAGCCAGAACGGGCUCCUCCAGCGUGACAAGCGGACACACACUGGCAAGAAACCACACAAGUGCGAUGUUUGCCCUGCUAAGUUCAGCAGAAGUGCGACCCUACAACAGCACAAACGGGCACAUACGGGCGAGAAGCCACACAAGUGCAAUGUCUGCUCUGCAGAGUUCGGCCGUAGCGAUAGCCUACUGGAUCACAAGCGGACGCAUACGGGCGAGAAGCCAUACAAGUGCGAUGCCUGCCCGGCAGAGUUCAGUGAGAGCAGGAGUCUGCAGCAGCACAAGCGGGGACACACAGGCGAGAAGCCAUUCAAGUACGAAGUCUGCCCUACUAAGUUCAGCAAACGUGUGACCCUACAACAGCACAAACGGACACAUACGGGUGAGAAGUCACACAAGUGCAAUGUCUGCCGUGCUAAGUUCAGAAAAAGUCGGACCCUAAAACGGCACAAACUGACACACAUGGGUGAGAAACCAUACAAGUGCAAUCUUUGCCCUGCGGAGUUCAGUCAGGGAGGGAACUUACAGCAGCACAAGCGGAUACAUACGGAGUUCAGCCAGAGCAGACACCUACAGAGUCACAAGACAGACAGACUCGAAGCCGUACAGGAGCAUUCCCUGUUCUGCAAAGUUGAGGUAUUGCCAAACCUGGAGCAUUACAAGUGGACGUACGUGGGUGUGAAGCCCUACAAAUGCAACUUGUGUUAUGCAGAGAUCAGUCACGGGACCAACAGGCGCCAGCCAGACGACCGAAUAGCUGCUGGCUGA